ACAUAGAAACAAGAGGUCCAAAGCCCACAACAUUCACUCUCUCUCUCUCUCUCUCUCUCUCUCUCCAAGAACAAACUCAUCGAUCCUACAGAGUUGCCUCUGCACUCUGCACAAUCAAGAAGAGAGAGAAGAAAACAUGGCGAUGACGAGCCCAUGGGGGAUGGGCCGCACAAUCCCUCUUCCCCAAACUACUGGUUCUUUAUCUUCUCCUCCAUCUUCAUCUUCAUCUCCAUCUUCUUCGUACAAUUUCCUCUUGAAGAAAUUGCAGCAACAUCAUAUUAACAGCAGCAGUAACACUGUUUCUCUCAGAAAAUUUGUGGGUCAUCCCAGAUUUUUCAGUUUGUCGAAUUUGUGUUGCCGUUGUAAUAUCAGCAAUAAUGAGAAUUAUACCAGUAUUAGUAAUUCCAAUAAUAGUAGCAAUGAUUGGGAUUGGAAUCGAUGGAAUCGUCACUUUUCUGAAAUUGAACAAGCUGAGAGCUUUUCUUCUGUUCUUAAGUUCCAGCUUGAAGAAGCUGUUGAAAAGGAGGAUUUUGAAGAAGCUGCAAAAUUGAAAGCUGCUAUUGUGGAAGCUACUUCAAAAGACACUGUGGCUGAGAUAAUGUCUGAGUUGAAGAAUGCAAUUGCUGAAGAGCGUUACCAUGAUGCCUCGAUGCUUUCAAGAAGCACAGGAAGUGGUUUGGUGGGGUGGUGGAUAGGCAAUGCAAAGGAUUCAGAUGACCCAUUUGGCCGGCUUGUACGUAUCACUCCUGGUGUUGGCAAAUUCAUUGGCCGUACUUACACGCCAAGACAGCUUGUAACUGCCUCUCCUGGAACCACAUUAUUUGAAAUAUAUGUAGUCAAAGACACUGAUGGUACAUAUGCAAUGCAAGUUGUGUACUUACAGAAAUCUAAAAGUAAUCAAAUGACCUCUGCUAGUUUGCAGCCAAAACCGACCAGAGAAUCACCAAAUAGUGAGGCUGAAAAUUCGUCUGCAGUGGAUGAUCAAGCUAACAAAGAUAAGACAGAGAAACAAGAAGAGAAAAUUUUGAACAUUGAAGGGGCUACUGAGGAAGGAAUAAAGAGUGUGAUUAAUUUUCUUAAAGAUAAAAUUCCAGGACUGAAUGUUAAGGUCAUGAACAUUAGCAUCGGAGACCAAGUCGUGGACAGUGAUGCUGUGAAGCAAUUGACACAGGAAGAUUCUAAGGAAGAUGAUGAAAAUUCUGAUGAUGAUGAAGUUGAUAAAUUGGAUGAGGUUGAGGAUGAGAGCGAUGGGAUUAGGAUGGAAGGAGAUAGCGAUUCUAGUGAAGAUGAGAAAGAUCUUGAUAUGAAGGUUUUUGUUGGUGGGAUUGUCCAUAAUGAGGAUGAUGUUUUAUCUAAAGAGGAGUAUAUCCGCUCGCCAGCUGAAAUCAGUGACACAGAAAAAGAUUCUUUCAUUUUACAUAUUCCUGGUAUACGUGGAAGUGAAGAAAGUAUGGCAUCUAAUGUCAAAGUAGCUGCUUUAACUCAAGGUGUUUCUGAUCUCAUGCCCUCUGAUGUUGCCAAGGCAUUUUUGGGCAGUGAGAAAAUUUCACCCAAGGUAUCCAAGAAUGUGCGUGAAAUUGUUAAGCUUGCAGUCAGUCAGGCACAAAAGAAGAGCAAACUUUCUGAAUUCACAAAAUUUAAUAGAAUACAGAUUCCCAGAGGCAAUUUAGAUCCUUUUAAUGGACUAUAUGUUGGUUCUUUUGGACCUUAUGGAACUGAGAUAGUUCAAUUAAGGCGCAAAUUUGGUCACUGGAACAAUGGGAAUGAACUAGAGGGCUCCUCAGGUAUGGAAUUUUUCGAAUACGUUGAGGCUGUUAAGCUUACUGGAGACCUUAAUGUUCCCGCUGGUCAGGUGACUUUCCGUGCUAAAAUUGGGAGAGGGAGUCGUCUUUCCAAUCGGAGCAUUUAUCCAGAUGAACUCGGAGUGGUAACAAGCUAUAAAGGGCAAGGAAGGAUUGCAGAAUUUGGAUUCAAGAACCCCAAGUGGGUUGAGGGUGAACUUCUUCAACUGAAUGGCAAGGGUGUGGGACCUUAUUUCCGAGGAGCAGAUCUUGGUUUUCUCUAUGUUGUCCCAGAGCAAAGCUUCCUCGUUCUGUUUAACAGAUUAAAUCUGCCUGAGUGAGCUAUUGGACUUCCAUCUUUACUGUCUUACAUUUACACCCUUAGCUUAGAAAAAGAUAUAGAAAGAGACAUGAGAACAUGAAGGCUGGUAUGACUGCCCUUGCUUCUGCGCCUUGGUACACAUCAUGAACAAUUUUGCCGCUCACUGCACCCCCUUGCUGCGACUACUGCUCCUCCCCUCCCAUCUGCGGACAUCUUCAGCGCUCUGGAUACUUUACAGCACACUAGUCUUUAUUUAUCUUGUAUGUGCAUAAAGUCAUUAACUAUUACACUAUACUGCUUUUAUGAUAAGGUGUGAUACUUUAAUCUCAUAUACACUUUAGAUGACUUAUCCUCUUCAAUUCUUUUUCCCUUUGGUAGAUUUCAGACUUUCAGAGAUGUGAUAAAAGUUUCAGUUAUAUUGGGCAUGUAAUAUACUAGUAUCAUACAAAAGCUUCAUAUGAUUAGGGCUUUCUUUUUAUUUUUUUUCCAUUGAGAUAA